AUAGUGCCAAGUGAAAAAUAAACCACAAGCAUGAGUUUAUGAAGCGAAGGUGGAAGUGAAGUGGAAAACGUUAUUUUGAGAGUUGGUUGGAAAAAAAAUGCUAUAAUGUUGACAAACUCCAAGCAAACGGAAACGGCCUAGCUAGUAAAAGUUUCACCUGCGUUUGAAUGCGGCGGGAGGUCGGAUUGAAUUAAAGCAUCCAUCCCGAUGUUGAUGAUGGACUUUAAGGCAUCCAACAUCGCCACCAUCGACAAGGGUAGCGACCGAACGUUCGCGUCGGCGUUCUUUCACCCACCGGCCUCACCCACCCAUGUCGGUUGCUGCGUGCUCAACCGGGCACCGGCCCGACCGCCGUCCGAAAUCUACUUCGAGAGCCGUGGCAAGUGCUGCAAGAAGCUGCUCCGAUACAACGGCUACCCGAACAAGGUUCUGCUGUACCCGGAGGAAGGAUGGGCCCGCAGUGCAGCCUCCAGCUACUGGACGAUAGCGCCCUGCCGGUGGCGAAGGAAUCGCUGCAUCGUAGAGGAGGUGGCCGGUUCGCGGAAACAAUCAACACAAGGCCGCAUGAUCGUCGUGGGCGAUGGAGCUCUCCUAAUAGUCGGUACCUUCAAACGACGCGUUCCCGAUCCCGACUUUAAGCUCUAUCUGUCGUCCAACAUCAGCCUGGCCGACUAUAACAUGGGCUACUGUCUCACGGGCACGCUCGAGCGGGGCUGCGAACGGACGAACCAAUAUCAAACCACCCACUUUGCCGUCAUACGGCGCUGUUGGCCGUCGAACGAGCACGACGGUCACCACGGCGGUGCGUUCGGUGUGGGCGGAAUCGGUGGACAGGGUGGAGGUGGUGGUGGUGGUGGCGGUGGUGGUAAGAAUAACAACAAAACACAACACACCUACAUCGAUUUCCUCUUCAACCGAUGAUAACCGUGCAGGCGCGGGCCCGGGGGAGGGAUGGGACGGGAAAAAUGGCGAUUACGUGAGAGCGUUUUUGGUUCAAAGUUUUCGUCCCUCGUUUCGGGGAGGCUAGGGAGGCUAUAUAUACAUUUUGUUUCGAGGUAAUAACACAUCGGCUCGCAAGCGAUACAGCCGAUGGUGUAAGAUGGACGGAUGACGUGUGCUUCUAGGUAGCGUUCGAUGAUAAUAUAAAUUUAGAUAUGGACGUAUGAUACAAAGGUUAAUGCGAUGUAGUCUCCAGCAGGCUUGCAACAGUCAGUGUAAUGAGUUGCGACGGUGGUGUUAAACAUGAGCUAUGCUUUUAAAAAGCAAAAAAACACCUUUUUUACUCAAAACAGUAUUACAACAAUCAAUAAAUAUAACACGCAACACAAAAGAGAUGGAAAACACAUACAAGAAGUGGUGAGAAAGAUCUGAAAAUGUCUAACAGAAAUAACAAAACACGUGAAACAAAUCAAUUACUUGAUACUUUUGGCAUAACAAUUUGAAAGAAAAAUCAAACAAUCAUUCGCAAACUGAAACUUCUACGCAGAAAAAGAGGACAAAAAAUGUGGAAAGAAAAUACUGACAGAGCAAAAUAUUUAAAACCUAAACCACACAUAACACAAAACCGCAGAAAUCAAACGCAUAAAUCAAACACAAAACGCAUGGAAUGGAAAACGGUACGAUUUUGCAAAAUAUGCAAAAAUAUAGCGAAAUAAAUCAACAAACAAUUCGCACAACGCGCCCAAACCGCGACGGUUGGACCCGGCGUACCGUGCGUAUCCAUCCGGCGAAUUUUUAUUUAUUUUUGAAUCGCUUUUGGAUUUUGCUUGCGAAGGAUAUAAAUAGUAAAGGUAUUUUUGUGUGGCACAACCCCGAAGCCGUGUCGUGCCGAAGCAGCGAGCGAAAACAAACACCGCUCGCUGGAAGAUAGAAAUCAAUCAACUUUAACAAUCGAAAAAUGUGCGUUCACGCAAGCGUUCGUUGCUGGUCGUUGCCGAAUGGGAGUAAAUAAGUCGCGCGAACAAAAACAAACGCACACACACACACUACUUGAUAGGUCGUACGAGUGUGUGUGUGUGUGUGUGUGCGUUUAGUGUAUAAUCAUUCCUAUAAAGCACCGAAGUGAACCGAUCGAAGCAGGCGGGAAAGCUGGAGCAGUUUUGAUGCUGAAUUAUGGUAGGAAAACGUAUUUUUGUACUGGUCGCUUUUUGUACAUAGGAAACUUUGCUUGAUAGGCGCAAUCGAAUGUAAGUGGAACUAAAUUUACAUACAAUAUAAUAUAAAACACACCCAACCAACCAGGCUCGAAACGUAAACCCGAGCGUACAGGUGUACAGGUUAAUGCUUUUCUGCACUCUUGCUUUCCUGAGCGGUGAGGGCUGAACACGUGCAAGCCCAGCCCAGUCAUACGUAAUACCGUUUCCGUAUCCCUUACCGUGCGUGUAAUCGUUGCAGAUUUUUUUUUCAUAUCAUUCUUGUCAUAUCAUAUAAAUGUCUAAGUAGUUCUUUACAAUUCUGUUAAGGUAAUGCUUAUUCAAGACUUUUUUUUAUUUUAAAUAACAUUCAAUGUACACUUCAUUCAAAUUUCACGAAUUUGUGUAUGAGCUAUUUUUUUAUUUAUCUCACUAUUUAAAGUCAUUAUGUUUGCUCUAAGCAAAUGAGCAGAAAAAGAGGUAAAGCUAAGAAAGCAUACAAUGUAAAAUGAAAAAAAAAACACAAGAAGCUAAACAAACAUCAAACAAACAAACAAACAAAAACCAUUCGAAAUCAAAAUGUAACACGAUGAACAUUAACGUCCUGCCAGUAUUUAACGUCCAUAACAAAUAGUUGUCUAGUUGCACGGACGCGCCCUUGCAAGCGCACCCGGUGUAGAGAAUAAUGGUGACUGAAUGCUAACAAACCUAAAACAAAAAUCGGAGGAAUUGUAGGUGCAGUAGGUGUCCUAAUUCAAGCGCAAUGCUUUACUGAUCGGAACUUUGGAAUUGUGUUUGGUUUUCAGACCGAGUUCGGUUGAUAUUACAGCAUCAAAAACAUUAAAGUAUUAUUUUUUUCUAGCCUAAUGGUGUCAUUACUGGUAGUAUAUUGAAUAGUUGAACUUGUGUUCUCUCGAUUCUCUUACUUUUAAUUAACAUUUAUACUAAACUCCUCUGCUUCCGCAACAUACGUACACACUCCCCCCAAAAUGCCUAAUCACAAUACAAUCGCAACCCAGGCCAAGGACUUCAGGGCUGUCAGCAUCGGAUGCUCCCUUUGGCUGGUUUCUCGUACACGACCCCGUACGAAACCAGAGGCAAGCCAAGCCAAGCACCAAGCCAGGAACUGAAUACAAUUUUUGCACACCAAAGAGAUAGACUACAGCAGACAAACAACUGGAGGCGCUUCAUAACUAAAUAGCUUAGCUUUUUUGUGUAGAAGAAGUCCAGCAUAGUUGUUAGUGAGCGGAAAUAGACACGCAGAUAGACCCCAGGAAAUUAAUGAAAACAGGUGAAAUAGGCUGUUGAGAGUGUCAAGUUUGCUAGCGUAGAGAUACAAAGAGAGGGAGAGAGAGUGAAAAAGAGAUAAAAAUGCUUCGUUUGCAAAACAGAAAGAGUAUAACAAUAGAAACAUGCAUCAGGAACGCAUUUUGAUUUGAAACGAUUAUAUUUCGCAAACUAACUAAUACUCCCUACUACUCAUGCUCUAGCCCGCUAAACGGAUAUGUGUAAAUCAUCUUAAAUACUCAAUGCUUUGGCCGCCUAGGGAUAAGUGUCAUUCUUCUGCGCCCCCUUUGAAAAAGCGAACUACCAUUAAGCGUUACUGAAGGAAGUAUGUAGCGUCUCGCAUCAAUCGCUAGAAGAGAGACUAUUUUUUCUAAAGGAAUUUAUAUACAAAGCCCCAACGAUACAGCAAGAUAGGAAGGUGCAGCACCCAACACAGAUGGAUGGGGGAGAGGAUUUUGGGAAAGCGAAAGGGAAAGCUACGGCAGCAAGCGAAUUGAUUCGGUAGAUUCCCACGUGGUUGGCAAAUUUCAAAUCAAACGAUGUCGUCAAUAAUGAUGUAUAAGUGUAAUUAUGUAUGUAUGGAGGGCUGCAGCUCGGUUUGACUGCGCGGCGCGUUGUUUAUGAGUAUAACGAUUGUAGCACGUGGAAGAUGCAAAGAUGUAUGGCGGGAGAGAAUGAAAUAAAUGUUGUUAUAAUUUCCA